AUGGCCCGGAGACCCGGGGCGCCGGCCGGCUAUGGGGAGGAGUUCACCUUCGUCAGCCCGCUGGUGAAAUACCUGCUCUUCUUCUUCAACAUGCUCUUCUGGGUGAUUUCCAUGGUGAUGGUGGCUGUGGGAGUCUACGCUCGGCUCAUGAAGCAUGCAGAAGCAGCCUUGGCCUGCCUGGCAGUGGACCCUGCCAUCCUGCUGAUUGUGGUGGGCGUUCUUAUGUUCCUGCUCACCUUCUGUGGCUGUAUUGGAUCGCUUCGUGAGAACAUCUGCCUCCUACAGACGUUCUCACUCUGCCUCACCAUCGUGUUCCUGUUACAGCUGGCUGCAGGGGUCCUGGGCUUCGUCUUCUCAGACAAGGCACGAGGGAAAGUGAGUGAGAUCAUCAAUAAUGCCAUUGUGCACUACCGCGAUGACUUGGAUCUACAGAACCUCAUUGAUUUUGGCCAGAAGAAGUUCAGCUGCUGUGGAGGGAUUUCCUAUAGGGACUGGUCCCAGAACAUGUACUUCAACUGUUCAGAAGACAACCCCAGCCGUGAGCGCUGCUCUGUGCCUUACUCCUGUUGCUUGCCUACCCCAAACCAGGCAGUGAUCAACACCAUGUGUGGCCAAGGUAUGCAGGCCCUUGAAUACCUGGAGGCUAGUAAAGUCAUCUAUACCAAUGGCUGUAUUGACAAAUUGGUCAACUGGAUACACAGCAACCUCUUCCUUCUUGGUGGUGUAGCACUGGGCCUGGCCAUCCCCCAGCUGGUAGGAAUCCUGCUGUCCCAGAUCCUUGUGAAUCAGAUCAAAGAUCAGAUCAAGCUGCAGUUCUACAACCAGCAGCACCGAGCUGACCCGUGGUACUGAGAAUCCACCCCGCACCUCCUCACUAUGGCGACAGGCCAGCCUCACCGACCAAUAGCAGUGGGUAUAGCUCUCAGCACCAAACGGAAAUUUGGAUUCCAGUUCCCCAGCAACAGCCCAGUGGGGAGAAGCCAACUCCAGCUGGGCAGAAAGCAGGGGGCACAGGUGGCUCAAGUCUAGGAAGGAUGCACCUCCCCCUCUCCUCCAUCCUAGCCCUCGGCAUUAUUAGAGUUAUUUUGCAUUAUUUUUAACCUUACACAUUUGGGUUUAUGGUUUGUUGUUGUUGUUUUUUUAAUUUUGUCUGGGCAGAGAUGUUUGGGAAACAUCAGUUGCAGAGAGUCUUGGGGGUACUAGGUGUUGCUUUUCACUGAGGCACUAAACCACUGGUUCUACCAGGGCUGAUACUUACUUAGCCUGCUGGACAUACUGAUUCCAUCUGUU